AUGAAACUCGCCAACGAUCCGCGCUGUGCACCUCUGGCCAAUCUGGUCUUUUUUUUUCAACAUCACAUCUUUGUUUCGCAACCAAUGGGCAAGCCUCAUUCCCUUCAAGGUGUCAUGAUCACAUCUGACAAAGUCUUAGACCCCCUUCCUCACGUGGUGUUUGGCGCCGGCGUGGAUUUGUCCAAGCUGACGCCGGCCCAGCUGUACGCCUUGGGCGCUGGGUUGGCAGCUGGGGCCGAUGCCCCAGCUGCCAGGAUGAAGAAGACCAAGGGGGGCCAGAAACCCCGGGCCAAGCCUAAGCCCAAGCCCAAGCCCGAGCCCAAGCCUCCCGGACAGGGGACCUCUGUGUUCGCCCAGAGGCGCCGAGAGAAGGCGGCAGCCAAGGCUGAGGCCAAGGCCAAGGCCGAGGCUGAGGCUGCCCCUUCCUCCUCCCCCUCCACCACCUCCCCCUCCGCCGCCGCUGCUCCCGCCAAGACCCCCGCCGAGUCCGAGCCCGAGCCCGAGCCUGCUGCCGAGGAGGCCGAGGCUGCAGUCAAAAAAGAGUCCACCCUGCACCUGAUCCUCGGCCUUCGUGGUGGCAUGCAAAUCUUCGUCAAAACUCUCACCGGAAAGACCAUCACCCUUGAGGUGGAGCCUUCCGACACCAUCGACAACGUCAAGUCCAAGAUUCAGGACGAGGAGGCCUCCGUAAUCCUUCAAGCUGUCUAG